AUGCAGGAUUCCAAGAGGACAUCGCUUUCCUCGUCCGCCAGCCGCAGCCAAGCGACCGGCCCGACCCCUCAGACCCCGAAGUCGGCAGGGGGUCCUUCUACUUCGUCUCGGAAGGCUUCGCGGCCUGGAGCUAUGCGCCGGAUGCGUAGGAUUAUCUCUGAGGAUCCCGAGUGGACCCUGGCCAUCGUGCCCUACCUCACGGAGCUCUGCAUCAAGCAUAUCGUGGAGAACUUCCAGACCAACCCCAUCCUGAAGGAGCUGCCCCCGGAGUACCAGAAGAAGGUGCUCAGCUACCUGCCGCCCGACCUGCCGCUCUCCAUCACCGCUAACCUCAUCGAUGACGAGGACUAUUGGCAGCGCUGCUGCAUGAAGCGGUGGCAGGUAUGCCACGUAGCCCGCCACGGGGACAGCUGGAAGCACAUGUUCUUCGAGAGGCAUCUAGAGAACCUGCUGACACACUUCAUCCCAGGCACCACGGACCCCAAUGUCAUCCUUGACCUGCUGCCCUUCUGCAAGGACUACGUGUAUCGGCUGCGCGUGGACCAGUUCCUCCCACCUGUGCAGCUCCCACGCCACCUGCGAAAUGGUGAUCAGACCGACUCGGGCAGUGAGGGGGACACAGAGGAGCCCAUCACGGACCACUACUCCUUAGGGCCGCUGGUGGCCAGCCUGAGCCACCUGGAGGAGCUGGACCUGGUAUACGGCGUGAAGGACUGUGGCAUGAACUUUGAGUGGAACCUCUUUCUCUUCACCUUCAGAGACUGCCACUCCUUGGCAGCAACUGUUAAAGCAUGCUCCACCCUCAAGAUCUUCAGGUUGACCCGAAGCAAGGUGGAUGAUGACAAGUCACGCGUCCUAAUUCGAAGCCUCCUGGACCACCCAGCCCUGGAGGAACUGGACCUGUCGCACAAUCUCAUUGGGGACCGAGGGGCACGGGCUGCCGCCAAGCUGAUGAGCCACAGCCGCCUGCGGGUGCUGAACCUAGCCAACAACCAGGUGCGCACAUCUGGCGCCCAGGCGCUGGCUCACGCCCUGGCGCAUAACACCAACCUUAUUUCCCUCAACUUGCGCCUCAACUACAUGGAGGAUGAAGGCGGCCAGGCGCUGGUCCAUGCCUUGCAGACGAACACAUGCCUGACCACUUUGCAUCUGGGGAGCAACGAGCUGUCUGAGACCACCGCCACACUCCUCUCCCAGGUGCUCUCCACCAACACCACACUCACCAGCCUCAAUCUGUCCUGUAACAACAUCGGGGUGGAUGGCGGGAAGCAACUUCUGGAAGGCCUUUCGGAGAACCACACGCUCCUGGAGUUUGACUUGCGACUGUCGGAAAUCGCCCAGGAAAGCGAGUACCUCAUUGGCCAGGUUCUGGCCGCCAACCGAGAAAUCGCCCGCCAGCGAACCCUGAACCCCAGCCUCUUUGUGACCUCCAUCGCUACCAAUGAGUCCGAGAACCCUGCAGGAUAA